AUGUUCAGCUUAUUCCUUUCCAGGGGAAUUGCAUUUAAGCAAUUCCCAGCCAGGUACACAAUCCGUGGUUCAUGGAAUGUUCCAUACACGAAUUUGUCCAACCCAAUUAUUAUUUCAGUCGAACCAUCACGAACAUAUACAAGCAAGUACAACGGCUUAGAACAGAUUUGGGUUUCCACAGGUGAAGAGCGCAUUUACCGCAAGGUUGUCGCAUCAGAUGACAAAAUGAUUUGCUACGAUCACCAACCAGAAGAUGGUGGCGAAUGGGAUCUUGAAUUAAAUGAAUUCCUUCCAAAGCCAGAUGGCUACAAGAAAGUUGGCAUGCGCCAGCACCGCGGAAGAGUUUGCGAAGUUUGGGAAAAGAAUGUUUCUACACCAAAAUUACAGACCUGGGACAUUUACAUUGAUCCAGCUACAGGAUAUCCAGUCUCAUACAUUGCACACGCCGUUUCCUUAUAUCAUUCUCACUAUGACAUUUACAUUCUUGAUAUCGACGAUUUCCAGCCUGAUUCACUUCCAGGAGCCUGGAACUUCCCAGAUAUCUGCAACGGCAAUCUCAUCAACGAUCCAUAUCCAGGCCAUGGCGACAACGGCUUCCAAGCUGUUAAACAAGUCGAACAUCGCGUUCACCAAAACAAAUUCCAGGAGAAGCGUUCAAAGUUCGUUAACAGACUCGGUGGCCGCCGUCUUACAAUUUCCAACGAAGACGAGACAAUCUGCCGUAAAUAUACAGCCAAAGGCUUAAAGGACCUUCCAGCCGAGUUCUCAUGGCGCGAUGUUCCAAACGUUGUCGGCAAACCACGUGACCAAGUUGCCUGCGGUUCCUGCUGGGCAUUUGGCACAGCCGAAUCUCUUGAAUCCCAACUUGCCCUGAAGACCGGCGUUUUCCGCGAAUUAUCAGUCAACCAGAUCAUGGACUGCACAUGGGAUUACAACAACAGUGCUUGCGGCGGCGGCGAAGCUGGCCCAGCAUUCCGUUCCCUCAUCAACCAGAACUUCAAGUUAUUCCUUGAAAAAGACUAUCCAUACAUCGGCGUUGCUGGUUACUGCAACAGAAAUCCAGAGCACCCUGUCGCUCGCGUUGUCGAUUGCAUCGCAAUUGAUAAGUCCACGCAAGCUCUCAAGGAAGCUCUCUACCAGUACGGCCCUGCUUCUAUCGGUAUCAACGUUAUCGAAUCGAUGUCAUUCUACACAAAGGGAGCUGUCAACGACCCAACAUGCACAGGAGCCGCUGACGACUUAGUCCACGAGGUUCUUCUUACAGGUUGGAAGAUUGUCGACGGCAUCGAGUGCUGGGAAAUCAAGAACUCGUGGUCCACUCAUUGGGGCAACGAAGGAUACAUCUACAUCCAGGCUGAGAAUCAGGAAUACAACUGCGGUGUCACAACAGAUGCUAAGAUUCCUUUCAUCGAGGUUCUCUAA